AUGAGUACAGUCAGGUGUAUUAUUGCUUUGGCAGCAUCCAAACAAUGGAAACUAUUUCAAUUAGACGUAAACAAUGCGUUCCUACAUGGCGAUUUGAUUGAAGAAGUCUACAUGAAGGUUCCUGAAGGUUAUCCUAACCCACUAAACAAAGUCUGCAGACUUGUCAAAUCCAUAUAUGGAUUAAGGCAGUCCUCUCGAAUAUGGUCUGAUAAGCUUGCUAUAUCGUUAAUUUCACAAGGUUUUGUGAGGUCUAAAAAUGACUACAGUUUGUUCAUAUACAAAACUGAUAGUCACAUCACUAUUUUAGCAGUAUACGUCGAUGAUAUUAUGAUUACUGGUAGUGAUGAGUCACACAUUUCGGCUGUUAAAGAGUUUUUGGAUCAAGCUUUUAGCAUUAAAGAUCUGGGGUUAUUGCAUUAUUUCUUGGGUAUUGAAGUUACUUACAUGCCAGAUGGAAUAGCUCUCAGUCAAAAGAAGUUCACCAAGGAACUCCUUCAAGGUGUAGACAUUGAUACUUCUAAGAAAGCUGUCACUCCCCUUCCUAUUCAUAUCAAACUUCACUCAGAUGAGGGUGAUUUGUUUCCUGACCCUGAGUUAUACAGAUCAUAUGUGGGAAAAUUAAAUUUUCUCAUACACACUAGGCCAGAUUUAUCAUAUACAGUACAGCUUUUGAGCCAGUAUAUGCAACAUCCCAGGAUACCACACUUUGAAGCAUUACAACAUACUCUAAGAUACAUAUCACAGUCUGCAGGACAAGGGAUUUUGUUAAAGGCAAAUGAUCAUCUCACUCUUCAAGCAUUUUCUGACUCCGACUGGGCAGCAUGCCCUGAUUCUAGACGUUCUGUCACUGGCUAUGUUCUACUUCUUGGAAAUAGUCCAAUUUCCUGGAAAUCAAAGAAACAACCAACUGUUUCUAAGUCGAGUUCAGAAGCCGAAUACAGAGCCAUGUCCUCUGCUGCAGCUGAAGUUACAUGGAUGGUGCGAUUAUUAACAGAACUAGGAGUUGAUAAAUUGACACCAUUCAUAUCAAUCAACCAAUUACACUUCAUUGUGACAAUCAAUCAGCCAUUCAUAUCGCCAAGAAUCCAAUCUUUCAUGAAAGAACUAAACACAUAG